CCCAGUUGGGGUCGGCCGGUUACGCCCUUUUUCCAGACUCUGUAUAAAUAAGGCAUAUUCGAUCAAUUCGAUACCAACAACCAAACCCUAACCCUAAUCUCUCCACCAGCGAAUUGCUUUUCUCUUUUUCCCAAAAGUUUCUCUCAAAUUAUCCCUGGGAAAUUCCAAUUGUGAAUGGUGGAAAUCUCGAUUCAUUGGUGGAUGAUCUCCCCCCUUCCCUCGAGGGGGAUCUCUUCUGUUUCCACCGCUUUCUCCUUCGGAUCUUGCAAGGAAGGCUGGUACUACCGCUGCAUCGGCGUCGACCCGUGAGAUCGGAAUCUGCUUUCGUUAACGCCGCCGUCUAAUCACCGUCGUCACGUUUUUUCUGAUUGAAUUCGAUUUUACUUGAUUGUUUUGUUCUUUCUAUUUCCAUAUAAAGGAUAUUCAGAGGAAAAUUUUUAAUUGUUUAUUCGAAGAAAAUGUUGCUUACGAAGCAUAAGAAAAAUCAGGCCGCCAAGGGCGGCGGGAAUCGGCUUUUGAUCAGCGUCACCGUCGUUGGAAGCGCUGGUCCAAUCCGUUUUGUUGUUAACGAAGAAGAGCUCGUGGCUUCCGUAACCGACACCGCUCUUAAAUCCUACGCUCGCGAAGGCCGUCUCCCCGUUCUCGGUUCUAAUCUCAAUGAUUUCGUACUCUAUUGUCCCAUCUCCGGUACCGAAGCCUUGAGUCCAUGGGACAUGAUUGGGUCAUUUGGAGUGAGGAACUUCAUGCUGUGCAAAAAACCUCAGAAGGAAGAGAAGGGUGGCGGCGAUGGGAAACCGGUGGCUGUGGGAAUAACAAGAAAAAGCUCUGGCAGCUGGAAAGCAUGGUUCAAUAAAUCACUCAAUCUCAAAGUUUCUUCCCAUUGAAUUUACAACCGGAAUCAGAUAAUUUCAUGAUCUCUUUACGAUCUUGAAUUUUCGUUCUUUCUUACAAUUGAAAGUUCUGCAGUUCUUCAAUUACUCCGCCCUGGCAGGGGUUUCAAAUGCUCUGGAAUUAUUGAUUGUUGUUAGAUAAUGACGAAUUUCAGAUUGAAAUUGAUUUGUGGUUAGGGUUUUGUUUGUUUUUCAAACCAAUUGUCAAUUU